GAAGAUGUCUCUAUGUAAUCCUGCUGAUGGCCCUGUACUGGUGCACAGAGGCGCUGCCCUUGGCCGUGACAGCUCUGCUACCCAUUGUCCUCUUUCAGGGGAUCCUUCCAUCUAACAAAGUUUGCCCACAAUAUUUUUUAGACACCAAUUUCCUCUUCCUUAGUGGUUUAAUCAUGGCCUCAGCCAUUGAGGAGUGGAAUUUACACCGCAGGAUAGCACUCCGGGUCCUCAUGUUGGUGGGAGUCCAGCCAGCCAGACUAAUUUUAGGGAUGAUGUUGACAACGUCUUUCCUGUCCAUGUGGUUAAGUAAUACUGCCUCCACUGCUAUGAUGCUUCCAAUUGCAAACGCAAUUUUAAAAAGCCUGUUUGGGGAGAAAGACACAUCUAAGGAUAUGAACAGGGAAAAUGAAGAAAACCAAGCAUCUUUACAGCAGAAUAAACUUUACACUGUACCAACUGAGAUGCAGUUUCUGGCAAGUACUGAGGACAAAGAUCUGACGGAGGAGAAGGAGGUUGCCAGCGAUACUCUCUCAGACUUAAAGAAGGAGGAGGAAUACAAGACAAAUAUAUGGAAAGGUUUCCUCAUCUCAAUCCCAUACGCGGCCAGCAUUGGAGGUACAGCAACACUGACAGGAACUGCACCAAACCUCAUCCUUCUGGGACAGCUGAAGAGUUAUUUUCCAGAAUGUGAUGUGGUGAACUUUGGUUCUUGGUUUAUGUUUGCAUUUCCUUUAAUGCUGAUUUUUCUUCUCCUGGGAUGGCUAUGGAUUUCCAUCCUGUAUGGAGGAAUUAAUCUGAGGGGCUGGAGAAAAAGAAAGUCAAAUAUAAGAGUGGAUGCAGAAGCCCGAGCCAGAGAAGUGAUAAAGGAGGACUAUCAGAAACUGGGUCCAACAAAGUUCGCAGAACAGGCAAUUUUCUUCUUCUUCUGUGUGUUUGCGAUCAUGCUUUUCUCCAGGGAUCCCAAAUUCAUCCCAGGUUGGGCAAGCUUGUUUGCACCAGGGUUCAUCUCGGAUGCAGUUACAGGAAUCACCAUUGUGAUUAUACUGUUCUUCUUCCCUUCACAAAAACCUUCCUUCAGGUGGUGGUUUGACCUGAAAGCACCAAACACCGAGACGCAGCCCUUGCUGACUUGGAAGAAGGCCCAAGAGACAGUGCCCUGGAACAUCAUCUUGCUGCUUGGAGGAGGCUUUGCCAUGGCAAAGGGCUGCGAGGAGUCUGGUUUGUCUGUCUGGAUAGGAAGCCGUCUGCAUCCCUUGGAGGGCGUACCACCGCCCGUGGCUGUGAUCCUCAUCACGAUUGUCAUCGCCUUAUUCACGGAGUUUGCCAGCAACACAGCCACUAUUAUCAUCUUUCUACCUGUCUUGGCAGAGCUGGCCAUUCGUCUGAAAGUAAAUCCCCUCUAUUUAAUGAUACCAGGAACAAUAGGAUGCUCCUACGCAUUCAUGCUGCCAGUCUCAACACCUCCUAACUCAAUCGCGUUUUCUUCUGGACACUUGAUGGUCAAGGAUAUGGCAAGAACUGGGUUGCUCAUGAAUCUUAUGGGAGUUCUGCUUCUUAGCUUGGCUAUGAACACAUGGGCCAAGAGCAUCUUCCAGCUGGGGACCUUCCCUGCAUGGGCCAACAUCCAUGCAGAAAAUGCCACCUCACACUUGACAGCUGUAGAAAAUGUCACUUUAAGUGCACUAAAUAAAAUAUGAACAAGCCACCCCUGGGGAAGGACUCACUCACUUAGGACUUGGGCACUGGAAUCGUCAGAGUAUGCACAGGAGGAAAGGCAUGUGGCUGCUCACACUGUGUGGGACCCUCUGGUUUAAUUUUGGUUUUAGAGAUACUGGUCAGUGUCACAACAUCCAUUUGUUAUUUUCUCUGAAGAUCUUUCCCCACCUUCCACAGGUACCAGUCAGACUCUCCCAGAGUCCAUCUGUCACAGGUGGUUGUUAAAUGGACAACCCUGUAAGGAUCAAGCAUCUUUGGGUAGAUGCUUCUCACCCCAUGAAAGCUAAUGAGCUUUGCUGCUCUACCUUCUGAUACACU